AUGCUUAUCCCUCGUCAGUUGGAUGGGCGAGUGGGACAUUUCAUCAUGGCGGUACUCCCUCCUUGCAAUUUCCUGACUCUUCACUACGCAUACUUCAUCGCCACUGGCCUAAUAGCGAGCGUCAUCUUCUAUCUGACCUCGACGCCAUGGCGCAGCGUGGCCUACAUCGAUUCGCUCUUUAUGUGCGUCAGUGCCAUGACCGGCGCAGGCUUGAACACCGUCGAUUUGUCAACCCUAAACAGCUUCCAGCAGGCAAUUUUGUUUCUGAUGCUGAUAAUGGGCCAUGCUGUGUUAAUUUCAUUGACUGUGCUGCUCGUGCGCAAGAGAGCGUUCGAGGCAAAGUUCAAAGGGGUCUCCGAUGAGCGGAAACAGGCCGCCUCGCGACGCCAAUCAGUUCUUGAAUUGCAGCCGAGCGAUCAGGCUGUCGUGUAUGGUAGCACAGGGUCCGAUGUUGUUGGGACUGGGGUUGAACAGGGCUGCAAAGCACGUCCCAAAGCUACUGUUGUCGUUACAGAGGCGUCGGGUAGUUCCACGCCGCGUGAAGACCCAUGGGUAGAUGAUGAUCAGAUCACUGUGGGGGAUGCUGUGCGUCACCAUAAUCACCGUGUUUUCCCCAUGGCAGGUAUUGGUGCCCGGCCAGAUCUCAACAAUCACCCUCGAGAUGCGGUGCCCAAUAGGCCACUGUACGACGAAGAGUCGUUAUCUGGAUUCAAGGGUAUCCUGCGUGGCACACAGAAGUACAUCUCGAAGGAACUUGUAUCUCGCAACUCUCAGUUCCAUGAUCUCACAGCUGCCGAGCGCGAGGAGCUGGGUGGAGUGGAAUACAAGGCUGUUUCGUUCUUGUCUGUGGUUGUCUUUCUCUAUUUUGCGCUGUUCCUUCUGUGUGGCAUCGUUGGUAUGGGCGGCUGGUUGGAAGCCAACCAUCCUGAUGUUACUCGCUCCAACGGUCUCUCACCUUUUUGGACGGGUGCUUUCUUUGCCGUUUCGGCUUUUGUGAACAGUGGCAUGUCGCUAUUGGAUGCAAACAUGACUGCUCUGCAGCUCAAUGCCUACCCACUUUUGACGAUGGGACUUUUGAUUCUCGCGGGAAACACACUAUACCCCUGUUUCCUACGACUCAUCAUCUGGACUAUGAGGAACAUGCUUCCGGAUCGACCGCGGUGGCAGUCAUGGCGCAUCACGCUUGACUUCAUUUUGGAACACCCCCGAAGGGUCUAUACAAACCUUUUCCCAGCUCGCCACACAUGGUAUCUGCUUGGCACGAUCAUCAUCCUCAACGGUAUUGACUGGGCAGGGUUCGAGUUACUAUCCAUUGGAAACAAAGAUAUCGAGAGUCUCCCCACAAAGUAUCGCGUAUUGGAUGGACUAUUCCAAGCCCUAGCGGUGCGCGCUGGUGGAUUCUACGUUGUGACAAUUGCCAACCUUCGUCAGGGCUUAUUGGUUCUUUAUGUACUCAUGAUGUACGUUUCUGCGUACCCAGUAACGCUGACAAUGCGGAACACAAAUGUGUAUGAAGAGCGCUCGUUGGGAAUCUAUGCACACGAUGACACCUCCGACUCACCCGCAAACACAAGCCGGAGCAACGUCGCCAUGGACCUAAUUCGUCACCACUUAGGUCGACCAGGCCCACACGAGACCUCGCGCGGCUAUUUCGUGCACCAGCAGCUCCGAUCCCAGCUCAGCCAUGAUCUCUGGUGGAUUGCACUAGCCGUGCUUUUCAUCGCAAUCCGUGAAUCAGACCAUUACGAAAAUCAGCCUGUUGCAUUCUCGACUUUCAAUAUCAUCUUCGAGGUCGUCUCGGCCUAUGGCUGUGUUGGUGUGAGUUUGGGAUUCCCGGGGAAGAACUACUCGUUCUGUGGCGCCUGGCAUUUAAUCAGCAAGUUGAUUCUUGUGGGUGUUACGCUACGUGGACGGCAUCGCGGGUUGCCAGUUGCUAUUGAUAAGGCGGUGAUGUUGCCGAGUGAGUCGUUGGCUUGGGCUGAGGAGGAGGAUGCUGCUUUGCGGAGGGACAGGUCUAGGGCUUGGGCUCAGGAGCGUGGACCUGUUGGGCAUGUUUAG